AUGGCAAUCAACAACAGUAUCAUAGUUCCUGCCUAUAAAGAAAAGAAUAAUAUUAGACCACUGGUCACCCGUAUUUUUGCAGGGCUUGGCAACGAGUUUUCAAAGGACACUGAGGUGAUUAUUGUGGAUGACAACUCAAAGGACGGAUCAGUUGAAGAAGUAGAUGCUCUCGUCAAGGAGGGUUACAAUGUUAGAAUUGUGGUACGUACCACCGAGAGAGGUCUUUCAUCAGCCGUUAUUAGAGGUUUCCAGGAAGCCAAAGGUGAAAGGUUAGUCUGCAUGGAUGCUGACCUCCAACAUCCCCCUGAAUCUGUACCUGAUGUCCUGAACGCUUUGAAAGAUGCCUCAUUUGCUUUGGGUACCAGAUAUGCACCAGGAGUCGAAAUCGACAAAGAGUGGGGUGCUUUCAGGAGAUUUACAUCCUGGUUCGCACGUCUUUUGGCUCUGCCCCUUACCCCGGCUUCAGACCCAAUGAGUGGAUUCUUCGGUUUGCAGAAAAAAGUUUUCGAAAGCAUCAAUACCAACGAUCUGGAUGUUCAAGGUUUCAAAAUUGCCUUGGAAUUGCUAGUCAAGGCUAAGCUUCCACAUGGAAUUAAAGAUGUGCCAUUCUCCUUCGGUUUGAGAGAGGAAGGUGAGUCCAAGUUGAGCAACAAGGUAAUCGUUCAAUAUCUGCUCCAACUGAAGGAGCUGUACAUCUACAAGUUUGGUGUUGCUACCUUGGCUGCGGUCGCCCUUCUACUGGUAUUUGUAGUCCUGUUCCUCUUUCAAUAUCUAGUUUUGUAA